AUGAUUUCCAUAUUCCAGACUUCGGGGCAGUGGCGCGAGCCUGUCAGGUGUCCGUCUUCUUUGCGUGUGCGCAACUUCAUCGAUAACUCAAGUCUACAGGACACACUGCAUCACAAAGCUGUGAAGAAUCAGCCUUGCAAACCAAAGGCAUGCCUGGGCUCCACAAUGACCCCCAAAUGUCUGACCCGGGCAUCGCUGGGGGGCCCCAGCCCACCACAGGACCUCCUGGUUCAGGCUAUUGACUUCAUCAACCAGUUUUACCACUCAUUCAAAAUCCCGCAAACCAAAGACCACCUGGCUCGCGUCAAUGCCAUUGCCAUGGAGAUAGAGACAACGGGAACCUAUCAGCUGACUGCGGAGGAGCUGGAGUUUGGGGCCAAGCAGGCGUGGCGGAACGCACCCAGGUGUAUUGGCAGGAUACAGUGGUCCAAUUUGCAGGUGUUUGAUGCCCGACAGUGCACCACAGUCCAGCAGAUGUUCCACUUCCUGUGCGAUCACAUGCGGUUCGCCACUAAUGGAGGAAACAUACGAUCAGCGAUCACCAUUUUCCCACACAGGUGCGAGGGCAGGGGUGACUUCAGAGUGUGGAACAGCCAGCUGUUGGGGUAUGCCGGCUACCACAUGCCUGAUGGGCGCAUCCUGGGGGAUCCCUCCAAUGCAGAGUUCACAGAGCUGUGCAUUCAGCUGGGAUGGGAACCCAAGUACGGUCUCUUCGAUGUGCUGCCCCUGGUACUGCAAGCCAAUGGAGAGGAUCCUCAGAUCUUUGAAAUCCCCCCUGAGCUCGUCCUGGAGGUCCCCCUGGAACACCCCCGAUACGAGUGGUUCCGGGAUCUGCAGCUGAAGUGGUAUGCCCUGCCAGCUGUGUCCAACAUGCUGCUGGAGGUGGGAGGGCUGGAGUUCAGCGCCUGUCCCUUCAACGGCUGGUACAUGGGAACGGAGAUCGGGGUGCGGGACCUAUGUGACACACAGCGUUACAACAUCCUGGAGUGUGUCGGUAUCCGGAUGGGUCUGGAGACGCAGAAUCUGUCCUCUCUGUGGAAGGACCAGGCUCUGGUGGCUGUCAACAUCGCUGUCAUCCACAGUUUCCAGAAGCACAAUGUCACCAUCACAGACCACCACUCAGCGGCCGAGUCCUUCAUGCGCCACAUGGAGACUGAGUUCCGUCUGCGGGGCGGUUGCCCGGCUGACUGGACCUGGCUAGUUCCACCCAUGUCGGGUGCACUCACACCCAUCUUCCACCAGGAGAUGGUCAGCUACAUCCUCUCACCCUUCUUCUUCUAUCAGGCAAAUCCGUGGUUGGAUCACAUCUGGUGUGAUGAGAGGAGACCAAAGAAGAGAGGAAUAAGUUUUAGAGCUGUAGCCAGGGUGGCGGUGUUGUCCUGCUCCUUGAUGAGCAGGGUCCUGGCCAGGAGGGUGAGGUGCACGGUGCUGUUUUCCACAGAGACCGGUCGAUCAGAGACCUUCGCCCGGAGGCUGCACACCAUGUUAAACCACGCCUUUAACACCAGGGUACUGUGCAUGGACAAUUACAACCUCAGUGACUUGGAGAAUGAGACUUUUCUGGCUGUGGUGACCAGUACCUUUGGGAAUGGGGACUGCCCAAGGAAUGGAGAGCAUUUCAAGAAGCACCUCUUCAGCCUCCAGUGCCUCACACACAAAUUCAGGUACUGCGUGUUUGGGCUGGGGUCACGGAUGUACCCACAGUUCUGUGCGUUCGCCCGUGCUGUGGAUGCCAAGCUGGCAGCGCUCGGGGCACAGUGCGUGACGCCCAUGGGGGAGGGCGAUGAGCUGAACGGGCAAGAGGACGCCUUCAGAACCUGGGCCAGAGUCGUUUUUCAGGAUGCAUGCAGUGAGUUUGGAAUUCAAAUCGACAGCCAGCUCCAAGGGACCAAUCAGGAGGUAGACACCUGGGACCCCCUGAGGUACAGGUUACGACAAGAGAGCAUCGCCACGGACUAUAUCACAGCACUCUCAGCCAUGCACUCCAGACAGAUCCUUCCCAUGAGGCUGAGAGGCAGGCACAGUCUGCAGAGCCCCCUCUCCAGUUGUUCAACCAUCCUGCUGGAGCUAGAGUUCGACGGGGACAGGAAUAGUGUGCGUUUCUUCCCAGGGGAUCACAUUGGAGUGUUUCCUGGGAACUCUGCCCAACUGGUCGCUGGUAUUCUCAAGCACCUCCCCAAUGCCCCUCCAACCAAUCAGAGCCUGCAGUUGGAGUGCCGCUCCAGCACUGAUACUGAUGAUGCUAAGACCUGGCAGCUGGAUGGGCGUAUCCCAGCAUGCCCCCUGUCCCAGGCUCUGACCUGCUUCCUGGAUAUAACCACACCUCCCUCACAGAGUCUUUUACGCAAGCUGUCUCAGGUGGCAACUCAGGAGGCUGAGCAAGAGCGACUCGUCAUGCUCGCUGAGGACUCUAAAGAGUAUAGCACCUGGGUGGCGUUUCGCCGGCCCACCUUCCUGGAGGUUCUGGAGGAAUUCCCUUCCCUAGAGCCUCCAGCAACCUUCCUGCUGAGCCAGCUCCCACCCCUGAAGCCCCGCCUCUACUCUGUCAGCUCCUCCCCUGACCUCCAUCCUGGGGAGCUCCACCUCACCGUGGCUGUUGUCAGCUACCACACGCAAGAUGGGAAGGGUGUGCUGCAUCAUGGUGUCUGCAGCACCUGGCUGAACACCAUCAGGGAAGGAGACAUGGUGCCCUGCUUCAUCAACAGUUCCGACAGCUUUUGGCUUCCUCCAGAACCCAGCACUCCAAUCAUCAUGGUGGCAGCUGGCAGCGGUAUCGCCCCCUUCAGGGCAUUCUGGCAACAGCGCCUUCACUAUAUGCAGAGGACAGGGGAGACAGGGAUGCCCAUGACCCUGGUAUUUGGAUGCCGGAGCUCCGAUAUAGAUCAUCUGUACAGAGAGGAAGCCCAGGAGAUGAGACGGCUUGGAAUUCUUAAAAAUGUCCUCACGGCCCAGUCAUGCCAGAUUGGCCAGCCCAAGGUGUAUGUCCAGGACAUCCUGAGGCAGCAGCUGGUGGAGGAGGUGUUCAAGGUGUUGCACCAGGAUGGGGGUCACCUGUAUGUCUGUGGGAAUGUGUGUAUGGUUCAGGACGUAUCCCAAGCCGUACAGGACAUCCUUGGCCACCAGCUGGGCAUGAGUCACGCACAAGCGAGAGAAUACCUGGCCCAGCUCAAGUCUGAGAAGCGGUACCAUGAAGAUGUAUUCGGAGGGACCGUUGAGAAAUGA